GUCUCGUUUUUACUUUUGGUGUGUGUGUGUGUGCUUUAAGUUUGUUUGUUUCUGCUUUGGCUGAGCUUGGAGAGAGUGUGGGAGAGCCAGGGGAUAGUGAGGCAAUUGGUGCUCUCCUGGCUUCCCUGGAACCCGCCGUCCGGGCUUGGGGGGAGAGUCUCUCUUCUCCAGUUUCCCCCCUCGGAUUGGCCUCAGUAUCAUGAGAAGAUGGAAAAAUUGUCCAGCUUCCUCCACAUUGGGGACAUCGUGUCCCUGUACGCCGAAGGAACUGUCAAUGGCUUCAUCAGCACAUUGGGGUUGGUGGAUGAUAGAUGUGUGGUUCAGCCAGAAGCUGGAGAUCUGGCCAAUCCUCCAAAGAAAUUCAGAGACUGCCUUUUCAAGGUGUGUCCUAUGAAUCGGUAUUCAGCACAGAAACAGUUCUGGAAAGCGAAACAGUCAAAACAAGGGAAUACUGAAGCUGCACUGUUGGGAAAGUUACAGCAAGCAGCCGAACUGGAGCAGAAACAGAAUGAAAUUGAGAACAAGAAACUGCUCGGGGAGGUUGUGAAGUACAGCAAUGUCAUUCAGUUACUGCACAUUAAAAGCAACAAGUACCUCACUGUCAACAAGAGGCUACCAGCUCUCCUGGAAAAAAACGCAAUGAGGGUCUCCUUGGACAUUUCUGGAAAUGAAGGUUCCUGGUUCUACAUUCAACCUUUUUGGAAGCUGAGGAGUGAAGGUGACAAUGUUGUUGUGGGAGACAAAGUGGUCUUGAAUCCGGUCAACGCUGGACAGCCAUUGCAUGCUAGCAAUCACGAAUUACUAGACAACCCAGGCUGUAAGGAGGUGAACGCUGUGAAUUGCAACACCAGUUGGAAGAUUGCGUUGUUCAUGAAGCACAGUGACUAUCGUGACGAUGUUCUGAAAGGGGGUGACGUGGUGAGGCUUUUCCACGCGGAGCAAGAAAAGUUCCUAACCUGCGACGAGUACAAGAAACAGCAACACAUCUUCCUGAGAACCACACUGCGCCAGUCAGCAACCUCCGCGACAAGCUCCAAAGCACUCUGGGAAAUUGAGGUGGUGCACCAUGACCCGUGUCGGAGUGGAGCGGGACACUGGAAUAGCCUGUUUAGGUUCAAACAUCUGGCUACAGGAAACUACUUGGCUGCAGAGAGCGAGGGAGACAUGUUGCCGGUUAAAAACAAGCAGCAGUUAGUGGAGAAGAUCAUGUACACCCUGGUGUCAGUGCCACAUGGGAACGAUAUUGCAUCGCUCUUUGAACUUGACACCACCACCCUUCAGAGAGCUGACUCCCUGGUCCCCAGGAAUUCCUAUGUUCGAUUAAGACAUCUCUGCACAAAUACCUGGGUCACCAGCAGUAACAUCCCUAUAGACAUAGAGGAAGAACGGCCAGUAAUGCUGAAGAUUGGAACAUGUCCAACCAAAGAAGAUAAGGAAGCAUUUGCGAUCGUCUCCGUACCUCUUUCGGAAGUCCGAGAUUUAGAUUUUGCUAAUGAUGCCAGCAAGGUACUUUAUGCAAUGGUCCAAAGGUUGGAGGAUGGUACCAUUACCCAGAAUGAAAGAAGGUUUGUGACAAAGCUGCUAGAAGACUUGGUUUUCUUUGUUGCUCACGUGCCCAGCAAUGGUCAAGAAGUCCUGGAUGUGAUUAUCACAAAGCCAAAUCGGGAGAGGCAGAAGCUAAUGAGAGAGCAAAAUAUCUUGAAGCAGAUCUUCGGAAUUUUGAGGGCCCCUUUCAAAGACAAAGGAGAAGGGCCAAUGUUAAGACUGGAAGACUUGGGAGAUCAGAGAUAUGCUCCUUAUCGAUACAUACUGCGGCUCUGUUACCGGGUUCUUAGACACUCUCAACAGGACUAUAGGAAAAAUCAGGAGUACAUUGCGAAGAUGUUUGGUGUCAUGCAGUCCCAAAUUGGAUAUGAUGUGCUGGCAGAAGACACAAUUACAGCCCUGUUACACAACAAUAGGAAGCUGUUGGAGAAGCACAUUACAGCAAAGGAAAUCGAAACCUUUGUCAGCUUGCUGCGGAGGAACAGAGAGCCCAGGUUUUUGGAUUAUUUGUCAGAUCUUUGUGUGUCCAACAACAUUGCCAUCCCAGUCACUCAGGAACUUAUCUGCAAGUUUAUGUUAAACGCUUCCAAUGCUGACAUUCUCAUUCAAACCAAGCUGUUAUCAAAUCAUGGGGACUUCAGUAUGGAAAGUUGUUUACUUGAAGAUUAUGUUGAUGAUGAUGAGGUUUGGUUAUACUGGAUCGAUGGAGUCAAGGAACCUCAUGGCAAGUCUAUCCGGCAGCUAGCUCAGGAGGCAAAGCAGGGAAAUAAAGAACAUACGGAUAUUCUAACAUACUACAGGUACCAGCUGAACCUCUUUGCAAGAAUGUGCCUCGAUCGUCAGUACCUCGCCAUCGACCAGAUCUCGACACAGCUUGGGGUGGACCUCAUCCUCCGCUGUAUGUCAGAUGAAAGCCUCCCUUAUGAUCUACGGGCUUCCUUCUGCCGGCUGAUGCUGCACAUGCACGUGGAUCGAGACCCACAGGAGUCAGUCACCCCCGUGAAAUAUGCCAGACUAUGGACAGAAAUCCCCACCAAGAUCACUAUUCAUGAGUAUGACUCAUUCACUGACACCUCACGUGAUGACAAAAAGAACAAGUUUGCUCUUACGGUGGACUUUGUGGAGGAGUACCUUAAGGAUGUUGUGACUCAGCCAUUUCCUUUUGGAAACAAGGAAAAGAACAAGCUCACUUUUGUGGUAGUGAAUUUGGCUCGAAACUUAAUCUACUUUGGGUUCUACAGUUUUAGUGAGCUUCUGAGGCUAACUCGAACACUACUGGCCAUCCUGGACUGUGUCCAGAGUCCCACACCCUCAUAUUUGGAAAGGCUGAGCAAGUUUCAAGAUGGAGGGAACAAUGUGAUACGGACAAUUCACGGAGUGGGCGAGAUGAUGACACAGAUGGUUCUUAGCCGAGGGUCACUCCUCCCGGGGGUUGUGCUGGAGAAUCACGACAGCCAGAUCAGGAGUUUACCAGGGAAGCAAGUGCUUGCCUUGGAGAAUGAGGACGUGACCGUCAUGGAUACAAAGCUGAAAAUAAUCGAGAUACUGCAGUUCAUCCUCAGUGUUAGACUGGAUUACCGCAUUUCCUACAUGCUGUCAAUCUACAAGAAAGAAUUUGGUGAGAACAAUUCUGUUGACUCCUCGAUGGGUUUACCGGUUGAAGUAGCAGUACCAGAUCUCGAGGCCAUUGGUGAACAGGCGGAGACUAUGUUUGCAGGAAGCCAGGAGAGGAACCCAGUUGAACUGGAUGAUGAAGGUGGAAGGACAUUUCUGCGAGUCCUUAUACACCUGAUCAAGCAUGACUAUCCCCCGCUGGUAUCUGGUGCCUUGCACUUACUCUUUAAACAUUUCAGUCAAAGAGCAGAGCUCCUUCAGGCUUUUAAACAGGUCCAGCUACUGGUUUCCUCUCAAGAUGUGGACAACUACAAGCAAAUUAAAGCUGACCUGGACUUGUUACGGUUAACGGUGGAAAAAUCGGAACUGUGGGUGGAGAAAAAAGGAAAUUACGGCAGCAGUGAAACCCAGACCGAAGGAACAGAUGAUGUGAAGGCUGAGGAUCCUGGAAUUUUAAGCCCUGUACAAGAUGGAAACAAAAAACCACAAAUAGACAGUAACAGCAGCAACAACUACCGGAUUGUGAAAGAGAUCUUAAUCCGGCUCAGUAACCUCUGUGUGCAGAGCAUGAGGCGGAGCAGGAGGCAGCAGCAACGAUUGUUGAAGAAUAUGGGAGCUCACACCGCAGUGUUAGACCUUUUGCAAAUCCCAUACGAUAAGACGGACAACAAAAUGAAUGAAAUUAUGAACUUGGCCCAUGGUUUUGUGCAGAAUUUCUGUGCAGGAAAUCCACAGAAUCAGAUCCUCCUCCAUAAACAUCUCAACUUGUUCCUUACCCCUGGUCUCCUGGAAGCAGAAACAGUGCGACACAUUUUUCUAAACAACUACCACCUCUGCAAUGAGAUCAGUGAGAGGGUCAUCCAGCACUUUGUGCACUGCAUAGAGACGCACGGUCGACAUGUGCUAUAUCUCAAAUUCCUACAGACUAUCGUAAAAGCGGAUGGGAAGUAUGUGAAGAAGUGUCAAGAUAUGGUCAUGACUGAGUUGGCUAACGGGGGCGAGGACGUGCUGAUAUUUUACAACGAUCGGGCAUCCUUCCCCCUCUUUUUACAAAUGAUGGCAUCAGAACAAGACCGUAGCGACGAAAAUGGAGCCCUGAAUUACCACAUCACUCUGGUUGAGCUGCUGGCAGCCUGUACCGAGGGCAAGAAUGUGUACACAGAAAUCAAAUGCAAUUCCCUGCUACCCUUGGAAGACAUUGUGCGAGUGGUCACACAUGAGGACUGCAUACCUGAGGUGAAGAGAGCAUACGUUAAUUUUGUGAACCAUUGUUACGUGGACACAGAAGUUGAGAUGAAGGAGAUAUACACAAGUAACCACAUCUGGAAGCUCUUUGAGAAUUUUAUUGUCGACAUGGUCAGGGUUUGCAACUCCACAACUGACAGGAAGCAUGCUGACACUGCCUUGGAGAGAUAUGUGACUGACACAGUAAUGAAUAUCAUCAGUGGGUUCUUCAGCUCUCCAUUCUCCGAUAAUAGCACAAGUCUACAAACACACCAGCCAAUAUUUAUUCAACUGCUGCAGUCUGCCUUUAGAAUUUACAACUGUACCUGGCCAACUCCAUCGCAGAAGUCCUCAGUGGAGUCUUGUAUUAAGACCUUGGCUGAAGUUGCUAAAAGCCGAACAAUAGCAAUCCCUGUAGAUUUGGACAGCCAAGUGAAUACUCUGUUUAUGAAGACCCACUCCAACAUGGUACAAAGGGCAGUAAUAGGCUGGCGAAUGUCUGCCCGAGGUGCACCACGUUAUAAAGACCUAGCCGGUGGACUAACCUUGGACUACAGGAACAUUAUAGAGAAGCUGCAGGAUAUAGUGUCCACCCUCGAGCAACAAUUCCAACCCAUGGUGCACGCUGAGUUUUCUUUGUUGGUGGACGUCCUCCAUAGUCCAGAACUGCUUUUCCCGGAUGGAAGCGAUGCUCAACUCCGCUGUGAAAGCGGGGCUUUCAUGAGCAAAUUGAUUAAUCAUUCUAAAAAACUGAUGGAUAAAGAAGAGAAACUCUGCAUUAAAAUUCUUCAAACUCUGAGAGAAAUGCUCAACAGGAAGGACGAUUUUGGAGAAAAGGGCACAGUUUUAAGAAGGAUCCUCCUGAAUCGCUACUUUGGGAAUCUUCGUAGUGUCUAUAAAGGGGAAGGAUACAGCAGCAGCAUAAAUGCCCCCCUGACAACAGGAAGUUACUCCAAAUCUGCACAACCUGGAGGUGGCUCUUCACCUGAUUCAGACAAGUGUGGAGUCUCUGUAUUUGAGAUUCAGUGCCACCUUGACAGAGCAGGGGCUUCUGAAUUGGUCACCGACCUCAUCACAAACACUAAAAAUUCCAGGAUCUUUGAAGAGAGCAUCAUGCUCGGCAUUGCUUUGUUAGAAGGAGGGAACACCCAGAUCCAGCGUUCGUUUCACCAUCAACUUAACGAGCUGAAGAAGUCCGAGAAGUUCUUCAAAGUCUUGUAUGAUCGCAUGAAACUGGCACAACAAGAAAUAAGGGCAACAGUAUCGGUCAACACACAUGACCUGAGCAGCAAAAAGAAGGAUGAUGACUAUGAUGUGGUGACACCUGUCAACAGAAGAAGAGUGAGGGAUUCAUCAUAUCACCUCAAGGAGGGAGUGAAAGGACAGUUGGCAGAGGCUUCAGUUGCCACGUACAAGGCCUAUUACAUGUACAGAAGGGAGAUGGAUCCUGAGGCUGAUCUCGUCCCUGUGGGAAAUGAGGGCGUUGGAUCCGAGGAGAAGUCUAGAGAUGAAGAAGUUAUGAGCCCUGCGGUCGCUAUAAUGGAGCCUAUCCUCAGGUUCCUUCAGCUGUUGUGUGAGAACCAUAACUCAGAACUUCAGAAUUUCCUUCGGCACCAAAACAACAAAACCAAUUACAACUUGGUGUGUGAAACGCUUCAGUUUUUGGACUGUAUCUGCGGCAGCACCACGGGGGGGCUAGGCCUGCUGGGCCUCUACAUUAAUGAGAAGAAUGUCUCGCUCAUCAACCAAACACUGGAAACACUGACUGAAUAUUGCCAGGGGCCUUGUCAUGAGAAUCAGGCUUGCAUUACGACCCAUGAAUGCAAUGGGAUUGAUAUUAUUAUUGCGCUGAUCCUCAACGACAUUAAUCCCCUUGGGAAGUAUCGGAUUGAUCUGGUAUUACAACUAAAGAACAAUGCUUCUAAACUUUUACUUGCCAUCAUGGAAAGUAGACACGACAGUGAAAAUGCAGAAAGAAUUCUCUACAACAUGCGACCGAAAGAACUGGUUGAUGUCAUAAAGAAUGCUUACAAUCAAAGUGAAGAGGUCGAUAAUGAUGAGAAUUCAGAAGAGUACAUCUCUCCGAAGGAUGUUGGCCAUAAUAUUUAUAUUUUGGCCCAUCAGCUUUCACAGCACAACAAAGAACUGCAACAGAAGCUCAAACCAGAGUCUGACCCACAAGACAAAGGCAGUGAAGCUUUAACGCAUUAUGCUAAUCACACUGCGCAGAUUGAGAUUGUACGGCAUGACCGGACCAUGGAGAAAAUAGUCUUCCCAGUGCCCAGUAUUUGUGAAUAUCUCACACGUGAGUCCAAGUUUAAGGUGUUCAACACCACAGAGAGGGACGAACAGGGCAGCAAGGUGAACGAUUUCUUCCAGCAAACUGAGGAUCUCUACAGUGAAAUGAUUUGGCAGAAGAAGAUUAAAAAUAACCCAGGCUUGUUUUGGUUCUCGAAAAACAUAUCACUAUGGGGGUCCAUUUCAUUCAAUUUUGCAGUAUUUAUCAAUCUAGCUGUCGCACUUUUCUAUCCAUUUGGAGAUGAUGGUGAUGAGGGUACUAUCCCUCCGCUGUUUUCACUGCUGCUCUGGAUAGUGGUGGUUGUUUGCACUGCAUUGCUUAUUCUCCUACCGAAACCUCACGGAAUAAGAUUAUUUAUUGUAUCUGUAAUGUUCCGGUCCAUAUACACGAUUGGGCUGGGGCCUACUCUCAUACUCUUGGGUGCUCUCAAUCUGUGCAAUAAAAUCGUGUUCUUAGUCAGUUUUGUUGGAAAUCGUGGAACGUUCACCCGUGGUUAUAAGGCAGUGAUCAUGGAUGUGGAGUUUUUGUACCAUGUGACCUAUGUCGUGGUCUGUAUGCUUGGCCUUUUUGCUCAUGAAUUCUUCUACAGUUUUCUGUUGUUUGACUUAGUCUACAGGGAGGAAACAUUGCUUAAUGUCAUAAAAAGUGUCACACGCAAUGGCCGGUCCAUUAUCCUGACAGCAGUUCUGGCUCUUAUCCUUGUCUAUCUCUUCUCCAUUGUGGGAUUCCUCUUCCUACAAGAUGAUUUCAUCAUGGAGGUGGACCGACUGGAGAAGAACAGAACACCCAGAACGCCUCUAACAGCCCAAGGAAGCCCCUAUGGCUCACACUUAAACUAUCAGGAGGAUGUGUGUCGGGAGAACUGUUCUAUAUUACCUAUUGCAGCUGCAGCAGAAGGCCAAGAUGAUGAUGAUGCAAGCCCUGAACAUACCUGUGACACUCUACUCAUGUGCAUUAUUACAGUAUUAAAUCAGGGAUUGAGGAAUGGGGGUGGAGUUGGUGAUGUGUUAAGAAAACCGUCAAAGAAUGAGCCAUUGUUUGUUGCACGUGUCGUCUAUGAUCUCCUGUUUUUCUUUGUCGUCAUCAUCAUUGUCCUGAACUUGAUCUUUGGUGUUAUCAUCGACACAUUUGCUGAUUUGAGAAGCGAGAAACAGAAGAAGGAGGAGAUCCUCAAGACCACUUGCUUUAUCUGUGGGCUUGAAAGAGACAAGUUUGAUAACAAGACCGUGUCCUUUGAGGAGCACAUCAAGGUUGAACACAAUAUGUGGUACUACUUGUAUUUCAUUGUCUUAAUCAAAGUCAAGGAUCCAACUGAAUACACUGGACCUGAAAGUUACGUUGCACAAAUGAUCAGGGAGAAGAACCUGGAUUGGUUCCCUCGGAUGCGUGCCAUAUCAUUGGUUAGUAGUGAAGGUGAUAGUGAACAGAAUGAAAUCAGAAGUUUGCAGGAUAAGUUGGAAUCGACCAUGAAUCUGGUGGUGCAACUGUCUGGCCAGCUUUCAGAACUGAAAGAACAGAUGACCGAGCAAAGGAAGAACAAGCAACGCCUAGGCUUUCUAGGACCAAACACACCUCAGCUGAACCAUCAAGUGGCUGCACAUUGAGGACCAAUGACUUUGACAUUCAGAACAUACUUCCAUGAGAUCACAUUCUGGGGACAAAUAAUGCUCGUUGUUGAGUCCCCACCCCUGUUUGAGAAAAUGCCUUAAUAACUGGAGUGAAGCAAUUUAGAAGGACACAUGCCUUAAUAUCCAUCAUAGGGAUCUAUAAGUGACCUUCCUACUGGUGCAUUCAGGCUUGCUCAAUCUGCAUUCCAAUCUUCCUCUUCAUAAUCCUAAAGCGUUUCUUUUACUCUCUGUCCAUCACAAAAUACUCAGCAUUGUUACCUCGCUUCUGAUUACAAGGUAGUGACCGUUUUUAAAUUUUGUUAUAUUUAUUCUUCAGAUGUGGGCGUUCCUAGCAUUUGUUUCCCAUCUCUAGUUUCCUUUAAGACGUCCUUCUUGCACCUUUGCAUUCCUGUGUUGACAGUGCUCCUGCAGUGGGGUUAACUAGGAAGUUGCAGGAUUUUGACCGAGCAAUAAUGAAGGAAGGGUGAUAUAUGGCCAAGUCAUGAUGAUGUAUGAGUUGGGGCAGAAUUCUGUAAGUGUCCUUGUAGGUGGUGCAGAUCACAGCUUUGGAGGUGCUGCUAAAGAAGCCUUGGCAAGUGCUGUAGUGCAUCCUAGAGAUAGUACACAUUGCAGUUAAAGUGCAAGCUAGUGGAUGUUUAAGCUAGUGGUCAAGACGCUGAUCAUAUUUGCUUUGUCCUGGAUAGUGUCGAGCUUUUCAAAUGUUGUUGCAGCUACACUCAUCCUGGCAAGUGGGGAGUAUUCUAUCACAGACCUUACCUUGUAGAUGUUGCAGAUGCUUUAGGGAGUCAGCAGGUAAUCUAUUUACCACUAAAUGCCCAGCCUCUGACCUGCUCUUGUAGCAUGGCAUAUAUAUAUACACAUAUAUAUAUAAUUGGCUAUUUGAAUUUCAGGUUAGGAGUGACUACCCAGGAUGUUGACAUGGGGGAUUCGGUGAUGGUAAUGUCGUUGAAUGUCAUGAGGAGAUGGUAAGAUUCUCUAUUGUUGGAGAUGGCCAUUGCCUGGCACUUGUGUGGUAUGAAUGUUACUUGCCAGUUACCAGCCCAAUAUUAUCCAGUCAUGCGGUCAAGGACUGCUUCAGUAUCUGAGCAAUUGCAAAUGAUACUGAACACUGUGCAAUCAUCAAUAUAGAUGUUAUUAACAAAGCAGCUGAAGAUGGUUGGGCCUAGGACACUAACCUGAGGAACUUGUGCAGCAAUAUCCUGGGACUGAGAUGAUUGGCCUCCAACCACCACAACCUAGUGCUAGGUAUGACUCCAACCAGUGGAGAGUUUUCUCCCUGAUUCCCAUUGCCUCCAGUUUUACCAGGGCUCCUUGAUGCCACAUUCGGUCAAAUGUUGCCUUGAUGUCAAUGGCAGUCACUCUCACCUCACUACUGGAGUUCAGCUUUUUGUCCAUGUUUGGAUAAUGGCUCUAAUGAAGUCUGGAGGUAAUGGUCCUGGAAGACUGCUUCCAUCACUUCCAUCACAUGACUCAGAACAGGUUGAUUGCAGCAAAAAUUGGUCACGUUGAAUUUGUCCUACUUUUUGUGGACAGAACAUACCCGGGCAAUUUUUGGCUUUGUCUGGUAGGUACUGUAUUGUAGCUCUAAUGGAAAAGCUAGGGGUGACAGCUAGUUCUAGAGCACAGGUCUUCAACACUACAGCCAGAUGUUGUUAGGCCCAUGGCCUUUGCUGUAUUCUAUGUACUCAAUGAUUUCUUGAUGUCACAUGAAGUGAAUCAAAUUGAUUGUUUCAACACUGGUAUCUGCGAUGGUGGGGACCUCAGGAGGAGACCAGCAUUUCUGCAGAAGGUGGUUACAAAUGCUUUUGCUUUCCCUUUUGCACUUGUGCUGAGCUCUAUAGAUCUUAUGAGGCAGUAGGUAGUGCCCUGGUCCCUGAGCCAGAAGCUCCGGGUUCAAGCCCUGCUCUGGGUUCAAGCCCUGCUCCAGGACUUGUUGUCCACGGUUGUGACCUGAUUCAACAGGUCGAUAAUAGCCUGCUCAUCCAACACGCCAUGACAGAUGGUAAGAGCAGGAGAGAUUCCUGGUCAGCCAUGCUUGAUACAGAGUGCUGUCUCUCAAAACAUAACCACUAGUCUCUCUUUAAUCUGAGAGAGGUACCUUUUGGACUAUGGCUAAUUGCGGAUGGACUGGGUUCCAUCAUUGAGGAUGGGGCUGUACAUGAAGCCUGCUCCUCCUAACAGCUAUUUAAUUGUCUACCAGUAUUGAUGGCUGGAUUUGUCAGGGCUGCAGAUUUUUGACUUUUUUCCAUAGGUUUGCUUAGCUUCAUUUCCUGCUUCCACUGUUUUGCAGACAUGUUGUAGCUUCACAACAUCACCUCAUGCCCAGCAAAACCUGGUGCUGCUCUGGCACACUCUUAUGUAUGCCUCAUUGAACCAGCCUGGCUUCAUGGUAAUAGUAGAAUAAGCAUGAACUGCGUCAUGAGGUCACAGAUUGUGGUGGAAAACAAUUCUGUUUUUGCUGAUGGCCCACAGUGCGUCUUGGAUGCCUAGAUUUAAGCUGCUAAAUCGGUUCUUAAUCUUUCCAUUCCGCAUGUUGAUCAUGUUCCUGUUCAUAAUCCUCCUGUUUCUUAUACAUUGUAUCCACAGUUAAAAUACAAAGCAUUGUUUUCUCAUAUUGUUGGAAAAAAGAGACAUGCUGUUAAAACUUUAUUGUCUUGCACUUAUUAGGACAAAUUCAAGAAUGCCAAAUUUCAAAGGAAACAACAAUUUAUACUGCAUGAGCUAAGGGGUGCUGAUUGGUCGGCUCUGAUUGGUCAAGAUGUUGCCAUGGCAAAUGCUCGUAUAUUCACAUGCAGGGACUUGUCCUCUGCAGGUAAAAGGAAUAUGGCCCGACAUUGUACCGUUUUAGAAUAAACAAAAGCAUAUGGGACAGUAGCUCUCUGGUGCCUUCAAAAAAGGCCAUUCAGGAUGACAUCCAGUUGCACUUUUCACCCAAGUACAAACCAGGAACUCCCUCCCCCAAAAGGCUGCAAAUGUUCAGUCAUUGGAAAUUUUGAAGACUCAGAUUAAUAGAAUUUUGUUGCUGGGAGCAUUGGAAAGGUGAGGUGUAUAUUGGCCACUAUCAGGCCCAUGUUGCUGAAUGGCCUACUCCUGUUUCUGUGCUCAGUCCCUCUAUAUUACACAUCUUGUAAUGAACUGUGUAACAACAUAACUGAGUAUUUUGGCAAGAAAAACACAGUCUAUGAAACACUUGCACGUUGCUGAAUAUUUGAUUCCUGGGACGACUGGACCAAAAAAAAUUAGUAACUUCAACCAGUAUGCAACUUCACCUUGCGUAUGUUUGAACUAGGGUAUAAAACUUAUACUGGGGACCAAAAUGGUUUGUGUGAAAGGGAGAGGGAGGUGAGUCAAAGGAACGCUUCAUGUGCUGGCAUUGGGGAACAUAUUCAAAUUGCGAUUAUCCAGACACUGGGAAUUAUCUAGCUGUGUUCCUGGCUGCAUAUCUUGACUAAAGACACUUUUUUUUUGUUUUUUGAAAACCAUUUUGAAUGUAUCUAACCUUUUGAUGUCAUCAAGCUUGCAAAGGUACUAAAGAAAAAAAAAAGUAUUUUUAUAUUCUGAACCAAUUGAACUACAGCGGAUGUAUGACAUUUAAAAGAUGAAGUUUGUUUAUUAAUGGUGGAAAUCACUGAUAUUUUGCUGCAUCAAAGUACUCAAAUGGUUUGAUUUUUUUAAAAUGUGGUAUUUAUAUGGUUUUAAUUUGAAUAUCUUGCAUGAAUUGCAAAAUAGCGGGGAGGCAAUAGAAAUCUCCAAUUAAAUAAUCAUUACAAAGUCUUUUUAACUGGUUUAUUUGUAUGGCUUUUGUAAAAAGAGGGAAAGUCUUAAUUGGUUCUGACUGGAUGAUGUGUUUCUAUCUUAAACUAAUAAAGCUUAUCUUUUUUAGUGAA